AAUUGCAUCACACCUAUGAAUAGCCGAGCACGUUGAUGCCACACACUUUAACACUGUUCUAGCAUUGGUGGUCGGUCGCACACUGCAGUAGGUGGUUCUCUCAACUGCUGCUGUCUACACAGUCUAAAUAACCCGCCGGUUCAGCUCUGUAUUGGCUAAUUUCAGCACCGCAAUUCACUGGGAAAACCAGUGGGGUUUUUUCAUUGCUCUCUUUCUCUCUCCUGCUGAUCAUCGGAGGCUCCAUCGAGAGAGAGUGUUAUAGUACCUGACAAUACAGGGGUUAUCGACUGCUACAGACUGCGCUAUACAGUGGUGGGAUAGAGCAGGCGAGGCGGGCUGGCCAGCUAGGCAGACAGUGGGUUAACCGUGGAGGGAGGGCGAGAUUGGAAGGCGCUCGAUCGCUAGCACUGCAAGUCAGCACAAUGAAUGGCACUACUGUGCAGCAUGGAUGUUCGGUGGUAAAGUGGGUGUAGUGCGUGUUCUUGAAAUGGGCUGGACUACCUGGUGAUUAAGGAGGGUGUAUUGUAUACUGAUGAGGAGACGAUACCACCUUAUCCUCGGGGCUUUAGUCGUCAUAAUUACGGCUGUGUUAGGGCUUAGUUUAGACAUCACUGCUAGAGAUGUCGUGGAUCUCAUCGAAUCCCUCAAUGAAACGGCGACGCAAAUUACGGGAUUCCAAUAUACCUCAGGGCCUAACAACGGCACACCAGCAAUUUUAUUGCAAGAUCCCACUAGAAACAUAUUAUUACCAAGAGCUGUGACGGACAGAGCGCUGCAGCUCCUGCGAGACCAUAAUGAAAUCACAUUUCUAGCAACCGUCAGACAGGAAAUAGGAGACUCUGGCAGCAUAUUAGCAUUUUCUUCAGAUAUAUAUAGGUUUCUAGAAAUUGAGAGUAGUGGAAGGCGAGAUGAGAUACGUUUCCAUUACACACAUGACCAACAAGUACGCGUCGAAACAUUCCCUUACAGACUUGCUGACAACACGUGGCACCGGGUGGCGCUUACACUCAGUGGCACGCAUGUGACUUUGUUAGUAAACUGUAGCAAAGUAUAUGAACGGGUGAUACAGACUGUGGAUAAAGAAUUCACGGCAGGGAGGCAACUUUCUCUUUUUUUAGGCCAAAGAAAUGGCCAACAUGCACUUUUUAGGGGGGCUUUACAAGAUGUAAAAAUAGUUACUCAGUCACAUGGGUAUUUGUUACAAUGUCCACAGCAAGACACAGUGUGUCCUACUUGUGCUCAGUACCAAGCAUUGGAAGAAAAAGUUAAAGAAAUGUAUAAUUUAUAUCAAAAUAUAUCUUUAAAGCUUCUGCAGGCGGAAGAGAGAAUACUGGGGCUGGAGCAAUGUGAAUGUUUGAAAAGCUGUUCAGAUAAUGGCACAGUCAGAAAGGAGGGCGAGGUUUGGGAGAAGGAUAAAUGUACUGUUUGUAUGUGUAGGAAUGGAACUGUUGAAUGUAGAAAAAUAGAUUGUCCGCCUGCAGAUUGCACAAACCCAAUCUAUCGGGAUGAAGAAUGCUGUCCUGUAUGCUUAACUAACUGUUUUUAUAGUGGAAAAUAUUAUGACCAUGGCCAGGGGUUCAGCCCUCGUGUAUGUGUAACUUGUACCUGUGAUAAUGGGAGGAUGGUGUGUGAGAGACAAGAUCCAGAUCAGAGUUGUCCCCACUUGAGUUGUCCACAGUCUGAGAGGCUGCAGAUCCAAGGAGAAUGUUGUCCUGUGUGUGCAGGGACAGAUUUUUGUUCUGCUGGACAUGACUGUGAUGUUAAUGCUACGUGUGUGAACCUUGCCACACGGUAUGCAUGUCAGUGCAGACCAGGCUUCCAGGGGGAUGGACACUUUUGUGAAGAUAUUGAUGAGUGUAUGUCCGAAGGAGGCAAAACAGGCCACCAUUGCCAUAGCAACACAGCUUGUGUGAACACUAUUGGCUCAUAUACUUGCCAGUGUGCCGAUGGACACAACCGAUUGGACGCUUAUUCCUGUGAAGGUAGCGCAUUGUUCUCAUUGGCCAGAACUGUGCUCUUGGUGUGCCUGUGCCUUAUUUUCUUUCACAAUGCCGUGUAAAAAGAAAUUGCCAGAAUGCAGGGGGAUGUACACUUCAGUUGUAACAAAGUUUCAAUACGCAGAUGUCUGUUUUUAAAAAAAAAAUGAAAAGAAAAGCUGUCUCUGUACAUAUAUUAUAUAUUAACGUAUGACUAUCGUUAUUGUCACUGUAAAUAGUGUCACUGUGCAGGUGAUUUUUGUACAUAGGUCAGUGCUAAAGAUGUAAUAUAUUUGAUGUCAACUUAAAACAUUUCAUAUCUGCGCCGUAUGUUAUUUUGUUGAUAAUUUCAUGAAUAAAUAUUAUUAAGAUAUUUCUAUUAUUCAUUUUGGGGAAAUGGUAGCUUUCUAUUUUUUAGAGAUGAAGAGAGAAAAACAAUUGAAACUUUAAUUCAUGUAUGAAAGUGUCAUACAUUAAUUUUUUUUUUCUACUACUACUUGUCUACCUCUGGAAUUUGAGCUGUAGAAUUUACAGAGAAUAAAUCCCAUUUCCUACA